AUGUAAAGAGGUGUCAGACUUGCCAAACAAGCUCUUGAAUCAAAAGGAUUCGAAUUAGUUCCGUUUAAUUACACAGUUGAAGAACUAAUGGAAGCUAAGGAAAUUUUUCUUGGAUUAAUCCCUCAUGCUUUUACUUUGAAAAUUUAUGAGAGGAUGAUUGAAAAUUAUGAGAGACCUCUUGCUAACUCAACUAAGGGUUACUAUUUUUUCCAUUUAAAUCCAAUUAUUAAGUUUGUGCUCUUGAAAAUAUUAGAGCAGAUGGGUGAAAAGAGAUUUGUAGAAUAAGUGAAGCAUUUUAAACCUUUAAACUAAGAUCAGCUUGAUUAGCUAAUGAUAAGACAAAGAACUUUCUAUGAGAAAAUGCAUAAAAAGUGGAAUAAUCUUGGAAUUGAGGCUUUGAUUAUGCCUACUCAUCCAAUUUCCGCAUUUAAACAUGCUAAUAAUGCAGAAGUUGGGGGCUUAAAUGAUUAUCUGAUUACUUUCUCCAUUAUUCAUUACCCUAUCGGGGUUAUACCAGUAACAGAAGUACAAGAGGGUGAGGAUUUGAUAUAUGAUGAUGGAGUGAAUGAUAUGAUUACAAAGAAUAUUAAAAAAGAUAUGAAGGGAACUGUAGGAUUGCCAGUAACUAUCUAAGUAAUUGGGCAAUUAUGGGAGGAUGAAACUGUCCUUGGAGUCAUGAAAGCUAUUGAUGAAACUAUUAAAUUUAGAAAAAACCCUCAAAAUCUUUGA